AUGUGGGCUGCAUUUGAAAACCCACAUACAUCAUCUGUGGCACUUGUAUUUUAUUAUGUUACGGGAUUUUUUAUUGCAGUAUCUGUUUUGUGCAAUCUCAUUGAAACUAUUCCAUGUAAAUAUUUAGCCAGCAAUAAAACUGUAUCAUGCGGUGAUUUAUACGAAAAACAGUUUUUUGUUCUUGAUACAGCAUGUGUUAUAAUUUUUACAAUUGAAUAUAUGGCCCGAUUAUUUGCCGCACCAGAUCGGUGUCGUUUUUUACGCUCAAUUAUGAGUGUUAUUGAUGUUGUUGCAAUAUUACCCUACUAUAUUAGCCUUGGUUUAAGUAGUAAUAAGGAUGUUUCUGGCGCUUUUGUUACAUUACGAGUAUUUCGAGUUUUUCGUAUCUUUAAAUUUUCACGACAUUCACAAGGCUUACGUAUUCUUGGUUAUACAUUAAAGUCAUGUGCUAGUGAACUUGGUUUUUUGGUUUUUUCGUUAGCCAUGGCUAUUAUCAUAUUUGCAACAAUUAUGUAUUACGCUGAGAAAAAAGUCGCCGACACAAAAUUUACGUCAAUUCCGGCUGCAUUUUGGUAUACCAUUGUUACUAUGACGACAUUGGGAUAUGGUGACAUGGUACCGGCAACUGUAAUGGGAAAAAUUGUUGGUGGCGUUUGCUCGUUGAGUGGUGUCCUCGUCAUCGCUCUUCCUGUUCCUGUCAUUGUAAGUAAUUUUUCUCGAAUUUAUCAUCAGAAUCAAAGAGCAGAUAAGCGAAAAGCACAGAAGAAAGCUCGGCUAGCGCGAAUUCGAAUAGUCAAAAAUGCUAGCGGACAGGCGAUGUUUAGUAAAAAGAAGGCACAUGAAAUGCGAGUGCAGGCAUUUGAACAAGGAUUACUGCCCUUAGAGGAGCUUCGCGAUGAAGAUAUCUUCGAAAUACAGCAUCAUCAUUUGCUUCAGUGCUUAGAACGAGCUACGGAAAGAGAUUUUGGUGAAACAGACUUCUCUUUUGAUGAAGGGAUGAAGCCAACUCCGCCUCUAAGUCCGACACCAUCAGAGCAUGAUUUUUAUCAGCAUCACAGCUUUAGGAAUCAUCUGCUUCAAUGUUGCCCCUUCAAAAUAGGACGAGGAAAACCUGAUUUUCCACUGAAGCGAGUUUCCUUUGUCAGGAAUGGUGAUGAAACCAGCUGUAUUGUUGAGGAGGAAGCUCAGUCAUCAUCGGUAAAUCCUUCGUCACAGAAUCGUCUGCCAAAUACUAUUUAA